UCUCAAGUUCUCAUUCACUCCUGUGAAGAGUGAAGCUGAAGAGGAAGCUCAGUCCUCUCAGCUUCAUCAAAGACAAACUGAACCGAUGGAAAUAGAAGCUGAUGGAGAUGAUUGUGGAGGACCAGAACCAGCCAGAAACCCAGAUCCAGAUGAAAAGACUGGAGAUUGUUCUGAACCAGAUACUGAUGAGGAGACUGGAGAUUGUUCUGAACCAGAUGAUUGUGGAGGACCAGAACCAGCCAGGAACAAAGAUCCAGAUAGACCUCCAGAUCCUGAUCUCAAGACUGCAGACUCUUCAGAUCCAGAUCCUGAUGACUCUGUUGAUUGGAAGAAGACCAGAGAACCUCAAUCAGGUUUAAACUCGUUGACGAAUGAUGAAGUUUCUGUCAGUGAUUCAAAAUGUAGUUCUAGUGAAAAACCAUUCAGCUGCUCUCAAUGUGGGAAAAGAUUUCACCUCAAAGGAACUUUAAAGAAACACAUGUUAACUCACACAGGAGAGAAACCUUUCAGCUGCUCUGUCUGUAAAAGAGCUUUUGCUCGGAGAGGAAAUUUUAAGAAACACAUGUUCACUCACACAGGAGAGAAACCUUUCAGCUGCUCAGUCUGUAAAACAUGUUUUACACUGAGCAGUCAUUUAAAGAUCCACAUGUUAACUCACACAGGAGAGAAACCUUUCAGCUGCUCAGUCUGUAAAACAUGUUUUAGACACAGAGGAACUUUAAAGAGUCACAUGUUAACUCACACAGGUGAGAAACCUUUCAGCUGCUCAGUCUGUAAAACAUGUUUUGCACACAGUAUAACUUUAAAGAGUCACAUGUUCUCUCACACAGGAGAGAAACCUUUCAGCUGCUCAGUCUGUAAAAAAUGGUUUACACAGAACAGUCAUUUAAAGAGUCACAUGUUAACUCACACAAGAGAGAAACAUUUCAGCUGCUCACUCUGUAAAACAUCUUUUGCACAGAGCAGUCAUUUAAAGAGACACAUGUUAACUCACACAAGAGAGAAACCUUUCAGCUGCUCACUCUGUAAAACAUCUUUUGCACAGAGCAGUCAUUUAAAGAGACACAUGUUAACUCACACAAGAGAGAAACCUUUCAGCUGCUCACUCUGUAAAACAUCUUUUGCACGGAGCAGUCAUUUAAAGAGUCACAUGUUAACUCACACAAGAGAGAAACCUUUCAGCUGCUCACUCUGUAAAACAUCUUUUGCACGGAGCAGUCAUUUAAAGAGACACAUGUUAACUCACACAAGAGAGAACUCAUUUUAGUUGUUCUGGUUUUGGUAAAGUUGACAUUUAUUCCACUCCCUCACUUGUCAACAAGACCUUGAGAAACUGGACCUCCCUCGUUUGGGGCAGUGACUCACUUCCAACUGGGAGGACUCUAUCCACUAACCACUACGAAGCCAUCUCCACUAAGAGAAUAUCAUCUGGGUAGAGUAGUCACCAUGUUUGUUUUGUUUAGCUUUACCUGCCCUGUUCUUUGUCAUCGGGUAUUUUAUGAACCCCCGAGUGUUCCUGUUGUGCUUGUAGCUGCUGUCAUAGCGAUCCAGUCUGCUGAGCUUUGUUGAGUUGAGAUCCUCCACCAAGAAUAUGUCAGCAGACUGUAUUUCAUCAGUUAUCUCUAUGAAGACAUCAUGUCAACAUGUUCUCCUCUAUGAAGACAUCAUGUCAACAU